AUGGACGAGAUUAUCUCCUCCUCUUCUCCAAUCUCCUCAUUUCUAUUUCUUGGAACCUCACCCACACAUCAACAACGCCUCCAAUUCAUAGUUCGAAGCAGAGCCGAAUGGUGGGUGUAUGCCAUCUUCUGGCAAGCGUUGAAAGAUAACAAUGGUCGGUUGGCUCUAUCAUGGGGCGACGGCCAUUUUCGAGGCAUCAAAGACUACUUCUUGUCCCGAUCAGCUGCCAAUAUGAAUGGAAAUGGUCAAGCCAAGUUUGGGCUCGAUUUGGAGACAAAGACGACGAUGGCCAAUAGAGACAGCUCCAACUUUGAUCACAACGGCCUUGUUGGCCAUAGUGAUCAUCAUCAUCAGGUCACGGCCGAAUCCGAAUUGUUUUACAUGGUGUCUGUGAGCAGGUCAUUUGGUGCUGGAGAUGACAUUCUUGGCCGCACCUUCAGCAGUGGUGCGAAUGUGUGGCUUGCCGGUGAUCACGACCUACAGUAUCAUGACUGCGAGAGAGUUAAAGAAGCUUAUGCACAAGGGAUUCGAACCUUGGUCUGCAUUUCAACUUCUCGUGGGGUCGUUGAAUUGGGGUCCUCUGAUGUGAUCAAACAAGACUGGGGACUGAUGCAACUAGUCAAGUCCCUUUUUGAUUCUGAAACAAGUCCAAUUGAAAAUAUUACUAGUAGCAGCAACAACAACAACAUGUUGCUAUUCAAUAAACAGCCCACCACCAGCGGCCAUAUGGACAUGCGUCGAGAUCAGAUUCAGAUUGAUCCCAACUCAGAUGUUCUAUCCAAUGUUUUUGAUAUUGGGGUUUCAUCAGGAGAUCAGAACCAUCAGCAAACAACUAAUCAUCAUCAUCAUCAUCAUCAUCGAUUGGGUAGUGAUCACACCAAGAAAGAAGUACUGUCCAUCAUCAAUAAUAGUACUACUACUACUGGUGGUCCUUUGUCAUCCGAAUCCGGGCAUUCCCAUGAUUUCCAAGGCCUUUUUGGCUCUGCAUCUUCCCCGACAAUGGACAAAAAUAUAUAUAAUAUUGGAUCAAAAAGAAGAGGAAGAAAGGCAUCAAGCAUCAGUAUGGGAAAAGAAACGGUGCAGAUGAACCACGUGGAGGCGGAGAGACAGCGGAGGGAGAAGCUCAACCACCGAUUCUACGCGCUCCGAAGUGCGGUUCCCAACGUGUCAAAGAUGGACAAAGCCUCUCUACUUGCAGAUGCAGUGACAUACAUCAAUGGGCUGAAAGCGAAAAUCGCGGACUUGGAGGAAAAACUCCAAUCGGGGCAAAAACAGACGUCGGUGAAGAAGGCUACUUUUCAUGAUCAAUAUCAUACUAAUAAUCAUAUGUAUGAUGCUCAAAGCACGUCAAGCACAAGUGUUGAUCACACACCAACUCAACAAAGAGAGAGGGGGUUGGAGGUAGAUGUGAAGAUAUUUGGUUCAGAAGGAAUAAUUCGGGUGCAAUGUCCGGAUUUGAAUUAUCCGUGUGCCAGAUUGAUGGAUGUGCUUAGAGAGAUGGAGUUCAGAGUUCAUCACGCGAGUGUAUCGAACGUGAAGGACAUGGUGCUUCAAGAUGUUGUGGUUAGUGUUCCUAGUACUGAUCAUCAUCAUCAUCAUCUUGGAUUCGCAACUACUAACCAUGAGGAAGCCUUGAGAGCUGCCAUUCUUGCAAGAUUCCAAAUUUAAUUUAUUCCAUCAUUUUCCGGGCCGGUACUAGUGCAAUGUAUGUUUUAAUUAUCUGUAAUUUAAUUUUCUUUGUUAUUGUCUGUCUGUCAUGUCUUGAUGUUGAGCCUAGCUAUGAUAUCAUGUAUUUAGACCACUUGUACCAGUUGAUCUCUGAUUGAAUAAAAAGUUGUGAUCUAGACAGUUUUUUGGAGCACUCACAUGUGUAACUGCAGACACUAGCACCUGAUCUAUAUAUCGAAAGACAAACUUUGUUCACUACUACGUACCCGGCCUGUGGCAGAUUUGGUGGAAUAGCAAUC